AUGGACGAAUUGUUUGACGCCAACGCAACGAUCUUGCAAUUACUACCAAGCACCCUCCCCGGCUUGAUUGAAAAGCCUAGCAUUGAGCGAUCCUUUAAUCACGACAAGGCAGCUGUCUUAACCAUGCUAUUGGGAUCGAAAUUCACCAACGCGCUAGAUCUCGCCCUAAGUCUGCAAAUAUCAGGCGACCUAUCAAACCUAACUUUCACCCAAGCUGGCCUACAGUUGCCUACACAUACAGAUAUGACAAACUGGUACUGUAAUUGCAUCGAAUACCAAUCAUGCUACACUUCCAACAUGGACAUAACCACCAUAGCCGGUACCUCCUGGAUCCACCAGAUUUUGGGCACUCACGUGUUAUCUCCGAUUCCCAUAUGUAGUCAUAUACUAGCUAUAUUAAUAAUCAAAUACAACCCGCAGCUCGACCUAUCGUCGUGUGUGGGUCAAACUUGA